GCCUCGCAGAGAGUUUUAUUGCCCUAUUUCCCCACCCCUUAUACUGCAGCAGGAUUGUUGCUUUUCCGGCCUUUUUGGUCCGGUAGGUCUGCCGUGACAAUAGGAAGGAAAAGAAGAAAAUGGCAGCAGGGGCCGCGAGUGACCCCGCGGCCGAGCCCUGCUGCUUCUGGAUGCCACCAGCUCCGUUUGCCAGAUGGGACUUCCUGAGCGGAGAGACGCCCAAAGGCUCUGGCUGCUUCUAGCCCUACAGAGUGGUGGUGGUCUCCUGCUGAUGGAAGAAUGGUCGUGCUCAGGCAGUUUGGGCUGCUUCUCUGGAAGAAUUACAUUCUGCAGAAACGGCAGAUUUUGGUAACAGUCAUAGAAAUCUGCCUGCCGCUGCUGUUUGCUGCCAUCCUGAUCGCGCUCCGCCACCGCGUGCAUUCCGUCAGCCACCCCAAUGCCACCAUCUACCCGCCCCAGUCAGUGGAUGACCUGCCAGCCUUCUUCUACCACCGGCAYGCGGGCAACCCCUGGGAGCUGGCGUACGUCCCCUCCAACAGCACUGCCGUGAAGAGCAUUGCCGAGGCGGUAGAGAAAGCUCUGCCCAUCAGCAUUAAAGCUCAGGGCUUUUCCUCAGAGAGGGAAUUUGAGGAGUACGUGAGGCUGGACAACCGCUCUGGCAAUGUGCUGGCUGCUGUCGUGUUCAAGCACUCCUUCCAGCAGAGCAAGGCCCCCUUGCCGCUCCAGGUUGACUAUGAGCUGCGUUUCAAGUACAGCCCRAGGAAUGCGCCCCGGAGCGAGCAGACGGGCUUGAACCCCAAUCUGGACCGGGACUGGCACACCAGCUACCUCUUCCCUCUUUUCCAGUUGCCUGGCCCUAGGGAGGCCAAGUUUGCAGACGGUGGAACGCCAGGAUAUAUCCGGGAAGGCUUCCUGGCAGUGCAGCAUGCCGUGGACAGAGCCAUCAUACACUAUCACACCAAUGCCAGCCUGCUGGAGAACAUCACCGUGGUGGUGCAGCGCUUCCCGUACCCAUCCUACGUCAAUGACCUCUUCCUUCUUGCCAUCCAGAACCAGCUGCCCCUGCUGCUCAUGCUCAGCUUCACCUACACCUCCCUCAACAUCGUCCGCGCWGUCGUGCAUGAAAAGGAGAAGAAGCUGAAGGAGUACAUGCGCAUGAUGGGCCUCAGCAACUGGCUGCACUGGAGCGCCUGGUUCCUCAUGUUCUUCCUCUUCCUCCUGGUGUCCGUGUUUUUUGUCACAGUGCUCUUCUGUGUGAAGGUGAGCGAGCAGGGAGCAGUGCUCACCAACAGCGACCCCACGCUGGUGUUCACUUUCCUCGCCGUCUUCUCCAUCUCCUCUAUCUCCUUCAACUUCAUGGUGAGCACCUUCUUCUCUAGAGCCAAUGUUGCAGCUGCUGCUGGUGGCUUCCUGUACUUUUUCUCCUACAUCCCCUACUUCUUCAUCUCACCUCGCUACGACCUGAUGUCCCACAGCCAGAAGCUGGCGUCCUGCCUCAUCUCCAACGUGGCCAUGGCGAUGGGCGCCCAGCUCAUUGGCAUGUUUGAAGGAAAAGGGACUGGCAUUCAGUGGAGGGACCUCAUGAAGCCAGUCAGCGUGGACGACAACUUUACCUUGGCCCAAGUGCUGGGGAUGCUGCUGCUGGACUCGGCUCUCUACGGCCUCGUGGCCUGGUAUGUGGAGGCCGUCUUCCCCGGCGAGUACGGCGUGCCGCAGCCGUGGUUCUUCCUCUUCACGCCCUCGUACUGGUGUGGGCGCCCUCGGACUGUUGUGGGAAAAGAGAAGGAGGAAGAGGAGGAUCCCGAGAAGGCCCUGAAGAGCCAGUACAUUGAGGAAGAGCCAGCCGAUCUGGUGUCAGGAAUCAAGAUCAAGCAUCUUUCCAAGGUCUUCAAAGUGGGAAACAAGACAAAAGAGGCAGUCAAGGACUUAACCGUGAACAUGUACGAAGGGCAGAUCACCGUCCUGUUGGGACACAAUGGUGCUGGGAAGACCACUACGCUGUCCAUGCUCACAGGCCUGUACUCCCCAACAAGUGGGCAAGCGUACAUCAACGGCUACGAGAUCUCCCAGGACAUGGUUCUGAUCCGACGGAGCCUGGGCUUGUGCCCCCAGCACGACGUGCUCUUCGACAACAUGACGGUGGAAGAGCAUCUCUACUUCUAUUCAGGGCUGAAGGGCUACCCGUCUUCCAAGUGCCCCGAGGAGAUCAACCACAUACUGAGGAUCCUGAACCUGGAGGACAAACGCCGCUGCCUGACUAAGGCUCUCUCUGGCGGCAUGAAGCGCAAGCUGUCCAUUGGCAUCGCCCUCAUCGGGGACUCCAAGGUGGUGAUGCUGGAUGAGCCAACGUCAGGGAUGGACCCAGCUUCCCGCAGGGCUACUUGGGACCUCCUGCAGCAGCAAAGGAGCAACCGGACCAUCCUGCUGACCACUCACUUCAUGGAUGAAGCUGACCUGCUGGGGGACCGCAUAGCUAUCAUGGCCAAGGGAGAGCUGCAGUGCUGUGGCUCUUCGCUCUUCCUCAAGCGUAAAUAUGGGGCAGGAUAUCACAUGGUGAUGGUGAAAGAGCCGUAUUGUAACCUGGGGGAGAUCUCCCGCCUCAUCUGUCACUACGUGCCCAACGCCACCAUGGAGAGCAAUGCCGGCGCAGAGCUGUCCUUCAUCCUGCCCAAAGAGAGCACGCACAGGUUUGAGGCGCUCUUCACGGAGCUGGAGCAGAAGCAGGAAGAGUUGGGCAUUGCCAGCUACGGUGCCUCUGUCACCACCAUGGAGGAGGUUUUUCUGAGAGUUGGGAAGCUAGUGGAUUCCAGCAUGGAUAUCCAGGCUAUCCAGCUCCCUGCUCUCCAGUACCAGCAUGAGAGACGCUCCAACGACUGGGCCAUGGAUGACUCCAGCAGCCUGAGUGGAAUGACAGAUAUGACAGAUGACAGCGGGGCGCUCAUUACAGAGGACUGCUCCAGCAUCAAACUCAACACAGGGUUCUACCUCUGCUGCCAGCAGUUCUACGCCAUGUUCAUGAAGAGAGCCAUGUACAGCUGGCGCAACUGGAAGAUGGUGGCAGCCCAGUUCCUUGUGCCUCUGGUUUUCACUGCCUUUGCCCUCAUUGUUGCCAAGACCUUCCCAGGACCCAGGGACUCCUCCCUGCUGAGGCUGAGGCUGGAGCCCUACGGCCAGACUAUUGUGCCUUUCUCUGUCUCUGCUACCUCGGGUCUGGCGCAGAGGUUGGCCGAGCAGUAUGUGGAGCUGCUGGAUUCCCAGCACCAGUUGCCGCUGGAGGUGCUAGGCGGCCUGGAGGAGUACCUCAUCUCGCGAGCAUCCGAGGAAGGGGGAGCCUUCAACGAGCACUACGUUGCUGCUGCCUCUUUUGAGGGAUCUGGAAACCACACGGUGGUCACCGCGCUGUUCAACAACCAGGCGUACCACUCCCCUGCCACGGCGCUCRUGCUGGCCGACAACGCCGUCUUCCGCGCGCUGGCAGGCCCCAACGCRUCCAUCACGGUCACCAACUACCCUCAGCCCCGCAACAUCACUGAGAAGGCCAAGGACCAGCUCAUGGAAGGCCAGACAGGGUUCGCCAUCGCCAUCAACCUGCUCUACGGCAUGGCUUCACUCGCCAGCACCUUCGCGCUCCUCCUGGUCAGCGAGCGGGCCAUCAAAGCCAAGCACGUCCAGUUUGUCAGUGGAGUCUACGUGGUCAACUUCUGGCUCUCUGCCCUGCUCUGGGACAUCAUCAACUUCCUCAUUCCUUGUGCUCUCAUGCUGGUGAUAUUCCAGGCCUUUGAUGUGCAAGCCUUCACUCAAGACAGCCACCUCGUUGAUGUGAUGCUGAUCUUCCUCCUUUAUGGCUGGGCCAUUAUCCCCCUCAUGUACCUCCUCAGCUUCUUCUUCUCGGUAGCGGCCACUGCCUACACACGUCUCACCAUCUUCAACAUCCUCUCAGGCACAGCCACGUUCCUUGCAGUCACCAUCAUGAGCAUUCCAGAACUGGGCUUGGUGGAUCUCUCCAGAACCCUGGAUAAAGUCUUUCUCACCUUACCCAAUUACUGCCUGGGCCAGUGCAUCAGUGACUUCUACCAGAACUAUGAGUUCAUUCAGUUUUGCACCUCCUCUGUYGAAGCGAUCUUCAUCUGCAAGGCGUUCAAUAUCAGUUAUCAGAUGAACUACUUUUCCUGGGAGAUGCCUGGGAUUGGACGAUACCUGACAUCCUUGACCAUCCAGGGCUUCUUCUUCCUCUUCCUCCUUUUCCUCAUUGAGACAAACCUUCUCUGGCGAUUAAAAACCUUGAUCUGUGGCAUCUGCAGGCGGAGAAAAUGGGUUGCACUCCUAAACAGGGUGCCUGUGCUGCCCGAAGACCGGGAUGUAGCUGACGAGAGGAAAAAGGUUUUAGAGUCACCACCAGAGCUGCUGUCGUCACUGAGCAGCCCCCUGGUCAUCAAGGAGCUCACGAAGGUCUAUGACAGCCGGGAGUCCCUGCUGGCAGUGGACAGGAUCUCCUUGGCAGUUGGCAAAGGGGAAUGUUUCGGCCUGCUUGGCUUUAACGGAGCGGGCAAAACCACCACCUUCAAGAUGCUGACCGGCGACGAGAGCAUCACAUCGGGCGACGCUUUUGUGGAUGGCCACAGCAUUCUGGCCAACAUCAAAAAGGUGCAGCAGCGGAUUGGCUACUGCCCGCAGUUCGAUGCCCUCCUGGAGCACAUGACGGGCCGCGAGACCCUGAGCAUGUACGCCCGGCUGCGGGGCAUCCCGGAGCGCUACAUCGGCAGCUGYGUGGAGAACAUGCUGAGGGGGCUGCUCUUGGAGCCCCACGCCGACAAGCUAGUGAGGACCUACAGUGGUGGUAACAAGCGGAAGCUGAGUGCUGGCAUCGCUCUCAUCGGCGGCCCCCCGGUCAUCUUCCUGGAUGAGCCCUCGACGGGCAUGGACCCCGUGGCCCGGCGUUUGCUCUGGGAYGCAGUCACGCGGACACGAGAGUGUGGCAAAUCCAUCAUUUUCACUUCCCACAGCAUGGAAGAAUGCGAGGCCUUGUGCACCCGCCUGGCCAUCAUGGUGAACGGGCAGUUCAAGUGCUUGGGCAGCCCCCAGCACUUGAAGAGCAAGUUUGGCAGCGGCUACACGCUGUUGGCCAAAACGCGGAGCGACGAGGAGGGCGAGCUGCUGGCCUUCAAGGCCUUUGUGGAGAAGACUUUCCCAGGYAGUGUUUUGAAACAUGAACACCAGGGCAUGGUACAUUAUCACCUGACCAACAAGAACCUGAGCUGGGCACAGGUCUUUGGGGCCUUGGAGAAAGCCAAAGAGAAGUAUCACUUAGAAGAUUAUUCAGUUAGCCAGAUAUCUCUGGAGCAAGUCUUCAUGAGUUUCACUCGCUUCCAGCACUACACAGAGGACCGAGGGAAAUGAACCCACUGGUGCCCUUCUUCAUGAACUGGCCCUGCUGCCUAUACAUACUAUAUAUAGAGACAGUAAUUUAUAUAUCAACGUGUGUCUUAAAUAAUGUAUAAAUGUAAGAAAAUUUUCACCGGGGGAGGGCGAGAAUGGAACCACCUGCUCUUGGGCUCCGGGAAUCACAACUGGGGUGUGUGUCGCUGGCCGCUGCAGCGCACGUGCGGGGGGUACGUGUGUGUGUGUGUGUGUGCAUGGGGGUGCAGGUGACACUUCACUCUUCAGCUUCCAUUCCCAGCUACAGCAAAAAACGUCCAAAAAGCAGCAAGACAGAGUAGAUGGAUGGAGAAAGAAAGGGCAGCGUGGAGGUAGCUCCAUCCUCGACUCCCGACGUGGCUGGCAGCAGGGUAGGACCGCGGUACCGUCGGGUUCCUCUUGCUCGUGCGGCGAGUUGGAAGGGAAGUUGCUGCCCUGAUGCUGCCGUGUUUCCAACCCUGCCCGAAACGCCUGUGCAUCGGGAUGCUACUUUGUGGUCUUCACACGCAUGUCAAAUUAUAUUCUGUUAGGUGGUUUGCUUGUGAUUUAACAGGGUACUGUUAAAUAGCUUAGAUCUAAAAUGGUCACUGGGUUAUUUUGGAUGCAUCGAGGCUGUCUUCUUAGAAGCACUUGCAGUCUAGGUGCAGGGGAUGUGAAGGAACAGCCUCUGUUUCUCCCUGCAGCACAUUUUCCGUCCGUUCUGUUGGCAGCACAAGGCAGGCACAGGCUCUGUCUCUCUUUAACCUCCUGGAAAAGAUGUGCCCUGCUGCCUACUUGGCGCUGGCCCAGCUCUGCUGCGCGUCACCGCAGCUGUCAGCACCGCGCGGGSAGACGAGCACACGGGCUGCUCUGCGCAGAGGCCGGUAUCGCCCUGCCUCGAGGAGGCCGUGGGGACGCGCGUGAGGCAAGGGCAAGGCCAGAGCUGCUCUCACCUGCUGGUUGUGAGGGCGCUCGGUGUUUGCUGGCGGCGCGGCCGGUUCUUGGGUGCUUCGGUGCUGGCCCCAGGCCGGGCUCAGGGGCCGGGCUUGCUGCUGCGGCCGUUGAAAGGUUUAGAAAACUGCUCGGCCUGGGCUGGGCCGCAGCGGCGGCAGCUGCAGGACUGCCGGCACGCGCCAAGGGGCAGUGACGCUGGGGCUGCCCCCGCGUCCUUGUCCCGUGUCUGCCCUCGCGCCCGAGAGGCUCCGCGCGGCGCCUGCUGCCUGUUCCGCGGCUCCGGCCUCAGCCCCGCCUGCGCCCACAGCCCGCUCCGCUGCCGCCUCGCCGCGCACGAGGCAGUCGGUCCGGCCAGGCAGAGCCAGGGCUAGCAAGGGCAGCUGGAAGUUGUAUUUGGGGCAUUUCCCAGUGGUUGGGUGGCUUUUUGUUUGUUUUAUAUAUAUAUAUAUAUAUUAUAUGUGUGCGUGUUGGUUCUCGUCUGUCUCCAACUAGUCCCUGUUUCACUUGGGGGCAGUCCCCUCCUGGCUGACUGCCCCGGGAUCAAUGCAGAGCUAUUUGCACUAUAGUAAUACACACAAUUGCACAUACUAAAUCAAUUAAUAGUACGGGGAGGGGGGUGGUGCUGAUUCCCUUCUAGUGAUUGUAAGGGCAGGGGUUGGGUUGUAUUUUGGGUUGGGCUUUUUGUUCCUGUAACUGAAUCAUUCCUUCCUGCUCCAUUUUUUUCCCCCUACUGCUGAUGUUUCAAAUGGUCGUGCAUCAUGUUACUAAGAUUUUCCCUGGUCGGAACGGAGCGUGUUUGUGCUGGGAAGCAGCCGCUCGGUGAAUGGAAGSCCCAGCUCCUGUCUGCUUGCCCUCCUUGGCAGAGCCUUCACRCGCCUCAUCUUGAACAGGGGUGAGAGCAGCAGUGUGCGGAUGGGAAGAGGACGUGGAGGGGGGAGAAAAUGCAGGGUAGGGGUUUAGGGCAGGUAGUGCAAAACACAGAGCACCGAUGUGUGGCAGCCUUGGGGCCUGAUGGCGGUUGGAGAGGGCAAUCCCUGCAGGGGCAGCAGGAGCAGAAGGGCUCUCCGGGGGGUGGCAGCAAGGGCCACGUCCCUCUUCAGGCUGCGGUGCCGGCCGGGAGGACGGCAGCCCGGAGUGCUUGGGCUGAGUUUGCACGUGCUCAGAGGCAGCCCUGCUGCACCCCGCUCUGGGGCAGCGUUUCACUUGCUCAGACCUAAGCGACCUGGAGCAGCAGCUUUUCUCCUCAGCGCCGAGCUCUGCUCACCCCGGCCUCCCGCCGAGGAAGCGGCCRGGGGCUGUGCAUGGUGCUACUCACUAUUUUCAUUUACAGGGAGGCUUCCACGUUGCAGUGGGCACAGGGCAAGGCUGAGGCGAGUGCUAAGAGCAGGUUUUAGAUGAGGCAGGAGCAACCCCGUGCUGGCUGUGCCCGGUAUGAGUGCAGAGGCAGGUCCUGCCUGGGGCCCACUGCAUGGGUGCUGCUGCUGGAGAGGACGAGCUCUGUCGAGCCCUAGGUCGGUCACCUGCUGCUUCCCGGCCCAGCCUGGCACAAGGUCGUGAGCAGGGCCAGGGCCGGAGGCGCUGCCUGCUCCCCCUUGCUGGGACACAGGGCAGACAGGGGCUGGCAGCAGUA